AUGGAAGGAAAAGGAAAAAGGAAGAGGAAAAGAUGGAAGGAAAAGGAGAAAGGAAGAGGAAAAGAUGGAAGGAAAAGGAAAAAGGAAGAGGAAAAGAUAGAAGGAAAAGGAGAAAGGAAGAGGAAAGGAUGGAAGGAAAAGGAGAAAGGAAGAGGAAAAGAUGGAAGGAAAAGGAAAAAAAUGGGAGGAAGAGGAGGAAGGAGGAGGAAAAGAUGGAAGGAAAAGGAAAAAGGAGGAGGAAAAGAUGGAAGGAAAAGGAGAAAGGAAGAGGAAAAGAUAGAAGGAAAAGGAAAAAAAUGGGAGGAAAAGGAGAAAGGAAGAGGAAAAGAUGGAAGAAAAGGAAAAAGGAGGAGGAAAAGGAGAGAGGAAGAGGAAAAGAUGGAAGGAAAAGGAGAAAGAUGGAAGGAAAAGGAAAAGGAGGAAAGGAGGAAGGAGGAGGAAAAGAUGGAAGGAAAAGGAGAGGAAGAGGAGGAAGAGGAAAAAGAUGGAAGGAAAAGGAGAAAGGAGGAGGAAAAGAUGGAAGGAAAAGGAGAAAGGAAGAGGAAAAGAUGGAAGGAAAAGGAGAGAGGAGGAGGAAAGGGAGAAAGAGUGGGUGGAAAUAGAAGGAAAUAA